GAUGUCAUGUUCAGGAGGUCAAGGAGGCCCUAACAUCAACUCUAGACAGUGUUGUAGUAGACACUUUGACUCUAGAUGGACCAGGGGCUCAGCAGUACUUCCAGGAAGAGGGUAAAGUGACUAAAGAGCUGAUAGAGGGUUCCUGUCACGUCAUUAUCCGAGAUAAGCAAACUGCAGCCAUCCCAAAUGUGCAAAGACCACGAAACACCAGCAGACUCAGCGACACACCUAGAUCUCUCAGCUACAGCAGCAGCAUGUACAGCACAGUUGGAAACUCUGCAAUCAACAGAACAAACCUGAAGAUCAAACUCAGCAGUUUAGAAAAUGAACAGGCGGAUGUUCUGGUGGUCCCCAUGCUCAACAAACAGCUAACUUCGACAAAUAUUGGCAACAGUUUGUUGGCCAAAGCUGGGAAUGUAUUAAAGUUAAAGUUUGAUUCAGUCUUAGCCAGUUGUGCCCUCGCCCCUGGUGAUGUUCAGCUGGUUGAUGCACCUCCAUCUCUGGGCUGCUCCAAGAUUUUCUUCAUUGAGUGCUUGCCUUGGGACGGAGUAAGAGGAAAGAGCGUUCAGGCUCUUGGUAAUGGUCUAAAAAAGUGUCUGAAGCUUUGUGUACGGCAGAAUUUUGGUUCAGUGGCCAUUCCAAUCAUUGGGGCAGGUGUUAUUUUAAAAUACCCGCUGAGAGAAGCCAUUCAAGUGUUGACUGACGUCAUUCACCAGUUUGGAUUAUCUGCAUCCUCUGGAUCUCUUACAAACAUCCACAUUGUCAUUAAACCUGGUUACCCUGAUUCUGAGGAGUGCUACCACGAUGUCUACAAACAGCUCAGCUUAAAUAUGAACCAGGGAGGCCAAGCAAUCUUCAGGUCCCUCACCAGCGACCUAGAUGACAUCAUCAUGACAGUGGGAAGCGCGGUUAAACUACACGUGGUGUUUGGUGACAUCACUAAUGAGACUACAGAUGCUGUGGUGAACACAACCAACUUCAAAAGUUUUGACCUUGAUGGAGUAUGCAAAGACAUCUUAACUGUAGCUGGACCAGAGGUGGAAGCUAAACUGAAAGCAGCAAAAGUGAAUCGAGGACAAAUUUUCGAGACCCAGUCUGGAAACUUCCCAUGUAAAACUAUUUUACACGUGCAUGGGAAACAGGAUGAGGUCCUCAUUGAACAACUUGUGUGUGGUAUCAUGCGUUAUUGUGAAAUUCAUAAAUACAACUCAGUGGCAAUUCCUGCCAUGUGUGCUGGAGCUGGAGGGUUAAAUCCUGCGAUUGUAGCAGGAGCCAUUCUUCGAGGGAUCAAGUCAUCUGCAUCAAUCAUGACCAGCCUCACCAACAUCCGUCUCGUCCUGAUUAAGAUCGAUGUCUUCUUGACUUUUAAAGAGGAAGCGAUGCAGAUGUAUUCCCCAGCUGUCAUCAACAGAGUACUUCCAGUACUUCCAGUACUUCCAGUUCAAGUACAGCAACAACAGCCUCCUCAUUCUGUGAGUGCAUACCUCAGCAGUCUCCAUAUCAGCUCUACAAGUCAGCAGUCUGUCUUCACGUUCCUGGGUCUUUCCAAAAAAGACGUUGACGAUGCCAUGGAAAAGCUGAAGCAUCAAUAUCACACACAGUGCUCCAGUAACACCUUCUCAAAGGAGGAACUGGAACUCCUCGACCAGGACGACAUGAUGGAGCUGAAGGAGCUGGUGGAGUCUGAGGGUUUAUUCAUGCAAACAGAUCAGUCUGGCGCCCUAACAGUGAGCGGGCUAAAAGGCAGGGUCACCCGGGUGAUGCAGAAAAUGAAUCAGUGUCAAUUAAUGGGUCUUGCUAAUGAGGUGAGAGUCAGGGAGGAGGAGGAAUUGUACCAUCGAGUUGUUUGGUGCAUCCUGGCACAUAACGGAAACUGGGAAAGACUUCCCAGAACAGCCAAUCACCAACUGGAAAACAACGAAUUAACAGAAGGAAUAACAGAUGCACAGGGACUCGUAUGGGAGGUUAAUCUACAGAUGAUGGUGGCCACACAGCAACUGAACAGACAGGCGAUGAAGCUAAAGCGACUUGAGAAUCUGACAGACUUUACUUUCCCUCUGUACUGGGACAGCAUGGCUGCCAGUGAAAGUAUGAAGGUCAUUCCCCUGGAGUCUUCUUCUCCAGAGUACCAGACAGUGAAGGAGGCCUUCAAACGAACUGUCACCAAAACUGUGAUGAAGAUUGAGCGUUUGCAGAACGUUCACCUGCGUCGCGCCUAUGAAGCACAGAAGAAGCUCAUUUCUGAUAAGAAUGCACACGAGGGAGGAGCAGGGGAGAAACUUCUGUACCACGGGACGACCCAGGACAAUUGCGACUCCAUAAUGAAAACUGGAUUCAACAGGCGCUUUGCUGGGCAAAAUGCAACUUCAUACGGUCGUGGGACCUACUUUGCUGUAAAAGCCAGCUACUCAGCCCACCCCACCUACUCCAAGCCAGCUGCUGAUGGUUCUCAGUUAAUGUUCGUCGCCCGAGUCCUCACAGGCGUCUACACUCUGGGCCAAAGUGAUAUGAAGGUGCCUCCACCUCGAGACCCCCAGCAGCCUCACGACCGCUAUGACAGUGUGGUAGACAGAAUAGAUAACCCCAGCAUGUAUGUUGUGUUUCAUGACAACCAAGCGUACCCUGACUACCUCAUCACGUUCAAGUGAGAGUAAAGGAAAAGUUUUUUUCCACUGUUGACAAAUGAUGGUGUCUGAAAAAUACAAAAAGAAAAUUAUAAAACUUAUAUAUGUACAUUUCACAUUACAAACAAUUAUAUUUAAUGAAAUUACGAGUUUAUUUCUUAAGUAUUGAAUUCUGUCUGAUUUUAUGCUUAAUUAUUGACCUGCUACUGAAGUAGAAAUAUAUGUACAUAAACACUGGAAACAUAUUACGCAAUCAUGCCGUUUAAAAUGUUUUAUUUGGCAAAAAUUUGCACCUUAUAUCUUCACUUUGCCAAGUGUAAAGCACUUUGAAUCACACCUAAUUAAUCUGAGAACAUGGCACAUAACCCUAAUAAAGAUUUACUGUAUGA